UCCGGGUGAUAGAGCCCCGAAAGUGAAAAUAAAAGUGUUCUCGGAGACAGGCAGCUCGCUGGGUAAAAGGUAAUGGCGGGUCGCUGACAAUCAGGACUUGAGCUGAGCUGCGACCCUGCCUGGCACAAGGAAUCGUAAGCGAGAUCCCUUCACUAUUUGGAGAAUGCUACUGAAGCAGAAGAUGCUAUUCCUGGCUCUUGGAGUGCUGUGCCAUGUUAUGCUGUGCACUAGUGACCAUAAUAGUGGACACUUUCCUUCAGCUACUAAUGGUCAGAAGUUUCCUUGGAACAGUAUGAGGCUACCUGAUAGGAUCAUACCAAUCCACUAUGACCUUCUAAUACAUCCAAAUUUGACUACUCUAAACUUCACUGGAUUAGCUUCGAUUCAGAUUUUCAUCAGACAAGAAACCAGGUCCAUCAUCCUCCAUAGCAAGCACCUAGAAAUCACCAAGGCAACUAUUGUACUACCAAACAAUGGGGUUACCCACAUGGAAAGCAGUUUGUACAUUUUGGAAUACCCAUCAUAUGAGCAAAUAGCACUGCAGUCUGCCAAGCCUCUGGCUAGUGGAGAGAAGUAUAUUAUUAACAUCAACUAUGCAGCUAAUUUAUCUGAUGGCUUCUAUGGUUUUUACAAAAGUAGCUAUCGAACACCAGAUGGUAAAGCAAGAAUUCUUGCAUCUACCCAUUUUGAACCUACAUCAGCAAGGAUGGCUUUUCCAUGUUUUGAUGAACCAUCUUUUAAAGCCAACUUCUCAAUUAAGAUAAGAAGGGAAAAGCAGCAUAUUGCAUUGUCCAACAUGCCUAUGAUCAAAUCUUUCCCGGUAGGAAGACUUGUUGAAGACCACUUUGAUGUGAGUGUGAGGAUGAGCACGUAUUUGGUGGCCUUCAUUAUCUGUGACUUUACAUCUGUCAGUGCAGUAACAUCAACAGGGAUUAAGGUGUCUAUAUAUGCUGCCCCAGAUAAGGGGAGUCAAACACAUUAUGCACUGGAGGCAGCAGUGAAGCUACUAGAGUUUUAUGAACAUUACUUCAAUAUCUACUACCCACUUCCAAAGCAGGAUUUAGUUGCGAUUCCUGAUUUUCAGUCAGGAGCCAUGGAGAACUGGGGUUUAACGACUUACAGGGAGACAUCUCUGCUGUAUCACCCUGAAACUUCCUCAGCAUCAGAUAAACUGUGGAUUACCAUGGUGAUAGGUCAUGAACUGGCGCAUCAGUGGUUUGGUAACUUGGUGACAAUGGAGUGGUGGAAUGAUAUCUGGCUGAAUGAAGGAUUUGCUAGGUACAUGGAGUUUGUCUCUGUCGAUUCCGCUUAUCCAGAGCUGCAAGUUGAUGAUUACUUUUUGAACACGUGUUUUGGAGCAAUGGGAAGAGAUUCAAUGAAUUCAUCACGUCCCAUUUCCACACCUGCAGAAAAUCCAACUCAGAUAAAGGAAAUGUUUGAUACCCUCUCUUAUGACAAGGGAGCUUGCAUACUGCACAUGUUGAGAAAUUUUCUGACUGAGGAGGUUUUCCAAAGAGGCUUAGUUCAUUACCUACGAAAGUACAGCUACAAAAAUGCCAAGAAUGAAGACCUGUGGAACAGUAUGGCCAAUACUUGCACCAAAGAAGACUUUACCUCAGGUGGAUUCUGCUACAGCACUUCACAAGCUGCUAAAAAUGCUUACCUAUAUGCAGGGGAACAUCUAGACAUCAAGGAGAUUAUGAACACGUGGACACUUCAGCAAGGAAUACCAGUGAUCAUUGUCAAGCAUAAUGGGAGCUCAGUCAGCCUACAACAAGAACGCUUUCUUAAGGGAGUGCUCCCAGAGGACCCCACCUGGGCCUCACUGCAAUCUGGCUACCUGUGGUAUGUCCCACUAACUUAUAUCACAAGCAGUUCUAAAACUAUUGGUAGACAUCUGCUGAAGACAAAAUCGGAUCAUAUUGAACUAGAUAGAGAAGCUCAAUGGGUAAAAUUUAAUGUGGACAUGAAUGGAUAUUACAUAGUACAUUAUGAGAAUACUGGAUGGGAUGCUCUGAUUAACCUGCUGGAGCAGAACCACACACUUCUGAGCCAGAAGGACCGAGCAAAUCUGAUUCAUAAUGCUUUCCAACUUGUCAGUGCAGGAAAGUUGUCACUUGACCGAGCCCUUGACUUGACCCGUUACCUCAGGCAUGAGAGCAAAAUCAUCCCAGUAUUGCAGGGUCUGGGUUACCUGGAGGUAUAUUACAAAAUGGUUUUGAGCAGAAAUAUCUCUGACGUUGCAGCAAAUCUGAAGGGAUAUAUCCUGCAGUUUUUCAAACACCUGAUCGACAAGCAGUCAUGGAGUGAUGAUGGAACUGUGUCAGAGCGCUUACUGCGGUCCAAUCUCCUGGAACUUGUCUGUGACCUCGAAUACCCUCCUUGUGUUCAGAGAGCAUCAGAUUAUUUUAAUCAGUGGAGGAAGUCCAAUGGUACCAUGAAUUUGCCAACAGAUGUCCUGGAGGUUGUGUACUCUAUGGGUGCCCAGAGCAGUGAUGGAUGGGAGUACCUUCUGGAGAAGUACAUCCAGUCAGUGUCCGGUGCUGAAAAGAAUAAGAUUGUGUCUGCUUUAGCAAGUAGCAGAGAUCCAGAAAAACUGAAACGCCUGUUAGAACUUGGCAUGCAAGGGGAUGUCAUCAAGUUGCAGAAUCUUGCCCAUGUUGUUGUGGGAGUGAGCAGGAAUCCAUCCGGACAAUUCCUUGCCUGGAAUUUUGUGAAGAAAAACUGGAGGAAACUGAUAGAGAAAUUUCAACUUGGCUCAUUUACUGUACGAUGGAUUAUAAUGGGAACAACGUCUUGGUUUUCAUCAAAGGAAGAAUUGGAAGAGGUGGAGCUGUUUUUUGAUUCUAUAAAGGAGCAGAGUUCCCAGCUCAGAUGCACCCAGCUUGCCCUGGAAAGCAUUCAGAAGAACAUCAGGUGGCUGGAGAGGAAUCUGCAUAUUCUCAGAAGCUGGUUACUGAAUAUAAUUGCAAAACCAUAAGGGGUUUGACAAAUCAUUGAUGGAUUUGCAGUGAUUGAUUCGCAGCUUAUUUCUUUCAUCUGAUUUCAAUGGUUCCAGAAUAUGGGCUGUAACACACUUGUCAAUGUGAUUAUUGUCAUUGUUAAAGCAAUGGAUAUUCGACUGUAAAAAGUGAUACAACUAUAUUGUUGUGUAACACAUGAAUACUGUCUAAUCCCUACAGCAAUAACACGUUAUUUUACAAUCAUAGGACCACAUUAAAACCAAAUCAUGGUCUUUACUUCACCCACUUCAACAUGAACAUAAAUACACCAUCCAGUAUGACACAAGAUGAAUAUAUGUGACAAACUACCAGAAGCAUUCAUUUAAAUCAAUCACUUGUCCAUAGUAAAUAGAAUAUUUACUUAUUUAUUCAAUACUCUGGAAGGUUAUUUACAUGGGUAUUCUGUAUUGUAAGAGUUUAGAUUGUUUUCACAGAUGGAGCCUGUGUUUAAAAUAUAGUUUAGUUCAAUUUGCAGUGCUUGAAUUAUUUUAAAAAUAAAUUCAGUCUUUUUAACCAGUCAUUGCACUCUGGGCCUCUAAAAAGAAAAAAAUAACUAAUGUUUCCAAAUAUCUUUUUAAAGUUAGCCUUAUGACAAUUUUCUUUUGCAAACUCUUUUAUAUAGUUCAGUUCCUCCAUUUUAUCCUACUUCUCUAUCCUACGUUUAACUUACACUGGUCACAGCUACUCUUGUUGCUUAGUUCCAAUCAUCAGUCAUUUUGAAGAAGGUCUCUACGUAGUGACAGAAAGUUUGGGAAUUACAGGCAUUGCUUAUCAGAAUCUAAUCAAACGCUUUCUAUGUGAUUCUUAUUUGUUUACAAAACACUCCAUGCUGAGGACAGUGAAAUACUCAGCAUACGCCACGAAUGACACAUUGUUGCUUUCUAAUUGAUGGAAUAAUCUGUUUGAUUCUUACCCAUUACAGUGUCUUUGAUAAUGA